UUGAAUGAAAUUACAGCGUGUCUCGAGCACGCCUAAUCCACUACACAACACCUAGAGCUGAUAGUGAAAAAUGCCGUUAUUUGCUUAUAUCUACGACCGGUCGCAGGUCACAACAGUGCUGUCGUAGAGCCGGAACGAUGCUCUUCCGUCGUGUUCUCGCCCAACUCACACGCCCCAAGAGUUCGCUCGUGAGCGCUAACACAGUCCUCCAUUUCGAAGACAUUCCGUCGCCGAAGGGUCUCCCCCUUGUGGGCACCACCUUCUCCCUCAUCGCCCAUGGCUCGACCCCAAAGCUGCACGACUACGUGGACCACAGACACAAGCAAUUGGGGCCCAUCUUCAAGGAGAAACUAGGCCCUGUGAGUGCGGUUUUUGUCUCAGAUCCGGAUGAAAUUAGGGCGGUUUUCGGCCAUGAGGGGAAGUAUCCCAUGCAUGUGUUACCAGACGCGUGGGUGGCGUAUAAUCAAAUGUAUGGGUGUCCCAGAGGACUCUUCUUCAUGGAUGGACCCAACUGGUGGCACCACAGGAGGAUCAUGAAUCGGAUGCUCUUGAAAGGGGAUUUUAAGUGGAUCGAGGAGGCGUGUGAGUGUGUAAGUGAUAAACUUAUCAAAAGUUUGAUGGGUGAGAGUGACUAUUGUGGGAAUUUAGAGGCGACUUUGUACAAGUGGUCUUUGGACGUUAUCGUCUCAAUUUUGUUAGGGAGUGAUAGUUAUAAUCAACUGUGUGAGGAGUUGGAACCAAAAGUAGAAAAAUUGGCUCAAGUGACACACUUGGUGUUUCAAACCAGUGCCAAAUUGGCCCUAAUUCCGGCCUCAUUUGCUUCCAAAUUUAAAAUACCUCAGUGGAGACGUUUUGUCGAAUCAGUGGACAAUGCUUUGACUCAAGCCAACUCGCUUGUGGACACACUUAUCGAAAAAAAACCUCAAAGUAGUGGCCUCCUCCCUAAACUCCUCAACGAAAAAAUCACACUCGACGACAUCAAAAGAAUUAUCGUAGAUUUAGUGUUAGCAGCCGGUGACACGACCGCUGUCGGAAUGGAAUGGAUGCUCUACCUCGUAGCUAAAAACCCUCAAAUCCAGGAAAAAUUACGCCAAAAGCCCGAUUAUGUGAAACACGUUUUUAAGGAGACUUUGCGACUUUAUCCCGUUGCCCCUUUCCUUACAAGAAUUCUACCUGAGGAUGCCAUUUUAGGCGGUUAUGGGGUGCCGAAAGGCACCCUUGUUGUCAUGUCGAUUUAUACAAGUGGCCGUGACGAGCGAUAUUUCAAAAACCCGAGUCAUUUUCAGCCGGAAAGGUGGGAUCGCAAGGAUGAAUUUUACAACAGUGACAUGCAGAAAGCAAGUUUGCCUUUUGCGAUGGGCUUGAGGGCUUGUGUAGGACGAAAAGUGGCAGAGACUCAAUUGCAAAUGACACUUUUGAAGAUUGUUAAUAAGUUUGAAGUCGAGUUGGGAAAUAAGAGGGAGAUUGAGAUUGUUUUGAAAAUGGUGGCGGUUCCCCUACUAGAAUUAAAAAAAUAG